GGCUGGGCUGUGUUUCUGCUGCUGGCCUACAAAGUUUCCAAGCUGGACAGAGAGUAUCAGGAGUAUAACCCUUAUGAAGUCCUCAGUCUGGACCAGGUAACACACACUACACAUACUACACACACACUACACUACACACACACUACACCACACACUACACACACACACUACACACACACUACACACUACACACACUACACACACACUACACACACUACACACACACUACACACACACUACACACUACACACACUACACACACCUACACACACACUACACACACCUACACACACACACUGCACACACUACACACACACUACACACACCUACACACACACUACACACACUACACACACUGCACACACUACACACUACACACACACACUACACACACACACUACACACACUACACACACACUACAUCACCAAAGGUAUGUGGACACCUGCUCGUCGAACAUCUCAUUCCAAAAUGGGCAUUAAUAUGGAGUUGGUCCCCCCUUUGCUGUUAUAACAGCCUCCACUCUUCUGGGAAGCCUUUCCACUAGAUGUUGGAACAUUGCAGUUGGGACUUGCUUCCAUUCAGCCACAAGAGCAUUAGUGAGGUCGGGCACUGAUGUUGGGCGAUUAGGCCUGGCUCGCAGUCGGCGUUCCAAUCCAUCCCAAAGGUGUUCGAUGGGGUUGAGGUCAGGGCUCUGUGCAUGCCAGUCAAGUUCUUCCACACCGAUCUCGACAAGCCAUUUCUGUAUGGACCUCACUUUGUGCACGGUGGCAUUGACAUGCUGAAACAGGAAAGGGCCUUCCCCAAACUGUUGCCACAAAGUUGGAAGCACAGAAUCGUCUAGAAUGUCAUUGUAUGCUGUAGCGUUAAGAUUUCCCUUCACUGGAACUAAGGGGCCUAGCCCGAACUAUGAACAACAGUCCCAGACCAUUAUUCCUCCUCCACAAGACUUUACAGUGGGCACUAUGCAUUGGGGCAAGUAGCGUUCUCCUGGCAUCCGCCAAACCCAGAUUAGAGAGAGAGACCGACAGAGAGGGGGGAGAGAGCGAGUGACUGAGGGGGGGGGGGGGGAGAGAGAGAGGGAGAGAGACAGAGAGGAGGGAGAGAGAGAGGAGAAGAAGAGCGAGAGAGAGAGGGGGGGGUGGGUUUUUUUUUUUUAUUUUUUUCUCUCUCUCUUAUCUAUACGACAGAGCUGCGUUUAAUAUCUAUAUUCUCGAUUUUACAUACUUCUUCAGACCCUUUACCUCAGUACUUUUCUUGAAGCAUCUUUCUUUGAAGUUCCUAUUAACUUUUGUGUUAUAAUUGUGUUUUUACCCCACACCACCACACACACAACCCCCGACCCGGUAAACCCUAUUGGGGAUUGAACCAGUUGUUAAACUCUUUGUUGUGUAGGGAAACAUCUGUAUCAGAGAUUUAAAAAGAGGGACCGCUGCUGUCGCUGAAGUUCCAUCCUGAUAAAGGAGGAGAUGAAGACCUGUUCAUGAGGAUCGCCACAGCACUACUCCGCGUAAGUCUGUCAGAGAGAGAGAGAGAGACAGAGAGAGAGAGAUCGUGAUAGAGAAUCGGAGAUAGAGUAGAGGAUCUAUGAUCGAAUCGUAGCAGUAUCUAUCUCGCUCGCGAUCAUCUCGAUCAUCGCGCUCCGCUCUCUCUCUCUAUCUCUUCCUCUCUGCUCUCUUCUCUCCUUCUCUCUCUCUCUCUCCUCUCUCUCUCUCUCCUCUCUCUCAGUCUAUCUCUUGCUUCUCUCUAUCCUUUGCUAGCUCACCCCCUGCCCUCCCCUAAAGCAGUGUUUUAUAUGAAUCAAUGGGUGUUUCUCAAUAUGCGCACUACACUCUCAUUCUCCCACCACGUUCUCUUGAGGAAGUUGUUGUGAGGACGAGAGUGUGGAGGAUGCGUAAAACAAUACAGCACUCCCCGCUACUGUAUGACCUCACGCCGCAUCUCCCCGUUCACUGAACCGUCUUCCAGCCGGGACAACGGCAACAAUAGAGACAAAACAAGAUGUACACAAAGCAAACGUUUUUCUUCAUAAUUAUCAGCUAGCUAUAUGUGAAUCGUAAUAAUCUAGCUAGCCAGCUAGUUAAACAGGCAAAAAUGAUCUAAAACUAAUGUUAUUCAAGGUAGAUGUACAUUUGUCGUGGGUAGCUAACAGUACUAGCAGCUAGCCAGUUAGCCCUAUUGACUUGUUAUGGGUUUGCGAUCUAUGGUCUGUAGGCAGGUAAACAUGCCAAAAGUAACACAGCAUGUAUUUAUUAACAUAUCCAGAUAUAUACUAAAUUGUAGUCAGGCAACAUAUGUACAAACGGAGUAUGCGUUCGAAGAAGUGCCCUCCGUGCUCCGUUCCGCAUACUUUGAUUUGGACUCGUACUCUGACCCUCCCGUGCUCCAAUGUGCUCGGAGCACGCUAGUAUGCAUUUUGAGAAACACACAAUGUUUGCUUCAAUUUUCUUCCUCUCUUCCCGCCCCUUUCCCCAGGCUGACCAAUGACGAGUCAAGACAGAACUGGGAGACCUACGGCAACCCAGAUGGUCCAAGAGGUACGUCUAGUCAGCCUCCCGGGUUCAACCUCUCAAUGUUUUAAUACUUUCAUUGAUGCUACGUCCCAAGUGUCUCUCCUUCCUCCCAAAGGGUUCACUUCCCUUCACUGAUUUGAAAGCAAAUGAGUAUUAACAAAAUGCUCCACCAAUCCAAUGCUUUUAGAUCAGUGGACAAGAGUCCACCUCAGAAGAGGAGACGGGCAGCGUCACGCCCCUCUUGACUCUAAUUUAGGCCCACGGGUGGUUUGAGUAAUAUAAAUGUUUUUUUUACCAAAACUGUGUAGAAAUGAUAAUGGACCUACAUUUACAGUCUCUUCACUGUGUCCAGCUUGAUAACAGUCAUUUAUAGUCUCUUCACUCUGUCCAGCUUGAUAACAGUCAUUUAUAGUCUCUUCACUGUGUCCAGCUUGAUAACAGUCAUUUAUAGUCUCUUCACUCUGUCCAGCUUGAUAACAGUCAUUUAUAGUCUCUUCACUGUGUCCAGCUUGAUAACAGUCAUUUAUAGUCUCUUCACUCUGUCCAGCUUGAUAACAGUCAUUUAUAGUCUCUUCACUGUGUCCAGCUUGAUAACAGUCAUUUAUAGUCUCUUCACUGUGUCCAGCUUGAUAACAGUCAUUUAUAGUCUCUUCACUCUGUCCAGCUUGAUAACAGUCAUUUAUAGUCUCUUCACUCUGUCCAGCUUGAUAACAGUCAUUUAUAGUCUCUUCACUCUGUCCAGCUUGAUAACAGUCAUUUAUAGUCUCUUCACUGUGUCCAGCUUGAUAACAGUCAUUUAUAGUCUCUUCACUGUGUCCAGCUUGAUAACAGUCAUUUAUAGUCUCUUCACUGUGUCCAGCUUGAUAACAGUCAUUUAUAGUCUCUUCACUCUGUCCAGCUUGAUAACAGUCAUUUAUAGUCUCUUCACUCUGUCCAGCUUGAUAACAGUCAUCAAAGUGAAAGCUAGACAGUCAGGGAGCAUCAACAGUUCCUAAAGCGAUGGAUAGAGGAAAAUGUUUUGCUAAUUUUGACGGAGAGGAAAUAUAAUCCAUUUUCAAUGCGACCCUCCGACUGUGGCCCCCGGGACCUCGUUGAAGACCGACUGUGGCCCCCGAGACCUCGGUGAAGACCGACUGUGGCCCCCGAGACCUCGGUGAAGACCGACUGUGGCCCCCGAGACCUCGGUGAAGACCGACUGUGGACCUCGGUGAAGACCGACUGUGGCCCCCGGGACCUCGGUGAAGACCGUCUGUGGCCCCCGGGACCUCGGUGAAGACCGACUGUGGCCCCCGAGACCUCGGUGAAGACCGACUGUGGCCCCCGAGACCUCGGUGAAGACCGACUGUGGACCUCGGUGAAGACCGACUGUGGCCCCCGGGACCUCGGUGAAGACCGUCUGUGGCCCCCGGGACCUCGUUGAAGACCGACUGUGGCCCCCGAGACCUCGGUGAAGACCGACUGUGGCCCCCGAGACCUCGGUGAAGACCGACUGUGGCCCCCGAGACCUCGGUGAAGACCGACUGUGGACCUCGGUGAAGACCGACUGUGGCCCCCGGGACCUCGGUGAAGACCGUCUGUGGCCCCCGGGACCUCGGUGAAGACCGACUGUGGCCCCCGAGACCUCGGUGAAGACCGACUGUGGCCCCCGAGACCUCGGUGAAGACCGACUGUGGACCUCGGUGAAGACCGACUGUGGCCCCCGGGACCUCGGUGAAGACCGUCUGUGGCCCCCGGGACCUCGGUGAAGACCGUCUGUGGCCCCCGGGACCUCGGUGAAGACCGACUGUGGCCCCCGGGACCUCGGUGAAGACCGACUGUGGCCCCCGGGACCUCGGUGAAGACCGACUGCGGCCCCCGGGACAAAAUUAGUUUGAAACCCCUGGUCUAGUUCCAUUCCAUAAAAAAAAAAAAAUAUCUACAUUUCAUGUCUCCUCCUUUUUCUCCGUCUCCUUCCUCUUCCUCCUCCUCUUUCCUCUUCUCCAGCCACUAGUUUUGGCAUCGCUCUGCCUGCGUGGAUCGUAGACUCCAAGAACUCCAUGCUGGUAUGUUUCUUUUUUACUGUUAUGUUUUAUCCACCUGUUGUUUUCUACAUUACCGUGUUAACAGAUCUCUCUCUCUCUCUCUAGGUAUUGCUGGUCUAUGGUCUAGCCUUCAUGGUCAUCCUGCCCGUUGUUGUGGUAAGAGUCCUCUGUUACCAAAGUAGCUCUGUAUCUCUGUGUGUGUGGCUUGGGCAAUAUACCGUUUAUUGGUGUAUUUCUAAAUACUGAUGGUAUGAUUUUCGAUACCACCUCGUGGGGGGUGCAUUCUACGCCACUGCUUAUAACUGUAAGAAAUCUAAGAUGUGUCAAAUAAAUGAUCUCCAGCUCAGGGCUCCAGCUCAGGGCUCCAGCUCAGGGCUCCAGCUAUGCAUUGGGGUUGCUAACUUGCUAGCUAAGUGGCUAGAUGUCGAGAUCAAGCUACUUGGUUACAGCAGAGACAUUCAACCCCCUCCUGGAUCAAGAUCCCUGCUGCCUAAAUUGUUUUAUGCGUCUCCCAAAAAAGAAGUCAUUAUUAUUAUUAUUAUUAUAUUACGGAAACGGAAUGACGGUAUGAAAAUCUGGAUACCGCCCAACAACUAACCAAUGGUACAGAAACGGUAUGAAUGUCUGGAUACCUCCCAACAACUAACCAAUGGUACAGAAACGGUAUGAAUGUCUGGAUACCUCCCAACAACUAACCAAUGGUACAGAAACGGUAUGAAUGUCUGAAUACCUCCCAACAACUAACCAAUGGUACAGAAACGGUAUGAAUGUCUGGAUACCUCCCAACAACUAACCAAUGGUACAGAAACGGUAUGAAUGUCUGGAUACCUCCCAACCCUAGUGUCUGCUCUAAUCUCUAGUUCUCUCAAUCUUUCUUCAACUCUCUCUUCUCCCCCUCAGGGUACGUGGUGGUAUCGGUCGAUCCGUUACAGUGGGGACCAGAUACUCAUCAACACAACACAACUCUUCAUGCACUUCAUGUACAAGACGCCCAACAUGAACAUGAAACGUGAGUUACCUAACCUGACCACAGUUUAAAGGGGUAGUUUACCUUGUAAUCAAUCUAUGGACCAGGCAUGACAGAAAUCCACGCUUUGGCUUAGUUUACCUGGCCACUGUUUCCAAAUGCUAACUUUCUAGCAUUUGUGGUACAAAUCCAAUUCAAGUCAAUGGUACUAAUAUUAGCAUUUUUCACGCUUGGUGUGUAGGUUUAUCCAUGGUGUUGACGGCUGCGUUCGAGUUUGACCCCCGCAGCAACAAAGAGGCCACCAUACGACCCACAGACAACAUCCAAGUACCACAGGUAACAUACUGAUUUACUCUGUCUGUCUGCGUGUCUGCGUGUCGGUCUGUCUGCGUGUCGGUCUGUCUGUCUGCGUGUCGGUCUGUCUGUCUGCGUGUCGGUCUGUCUGUCUGCGUGUCGGUCUGUCUGUCUGCGUGUCGGUCUGUCUGUCUGCGUGUCGGUCUGUCUGUCUGCGUGUCUGUCUGCGUGUCUGUCUGUCUGCGUGUCUCUGUCUGUCUGCGUGUCGGUCUGUCUGUCUGCGUGUCUGUCGGUCUGUCGGUCUGUCUGCGUGUCUGUCGGUCUGUCUGUCUGUCUGCGUGUCUGUCUGUCUGUCUGUCUGUCUGUCUGUCUGUCUGUCUGUCUGCGUGCCGGUCGGUCUGUCUGCGUGCGUGCCGGUCGGUCUGUCUGUCUGUCUGCGUGCCGGUCGGUCUGUCUGUCUGUCUGCGUGCCGGUCGGUCGGUCUGUCUGUCUGCGUGCCGGUCUGUCUGUCUGUCUGCGUGCCGGUCUGUCUGUCUGUCUGCGUGCCGGUCUGUCUGUCUGCGUAUCGGUCUGUCUGCGUGUCGGUCGGUCUGUCUGUCUGUCUGCGUGCCGGUCGGUCUGUCUGUCUGCGUGCCGGUCUGUCUGUCUGCGUAUCGGUCUGUCUGCGUGUCGGUCUCUGUGUCUCUCGGUCUGUGUGUGGGGCGGCAGGUAGCUUAGUGGUUAAGAUGGUUGUGCCAGUAACCGAAAGGUCGCUGGUUCUAAUCCCCAAGCCGACUAGGUGAAAAAUCUGUCGAUGUGCCCUUGAGCAAGGCACUUUACCCUAAUUGCUCCUGUAAGUCGCUCUGGAUAAGAGCGUCUGCUAAAUGACUAAAAUGUAAAUGUAAAUGUGUGUGUAUGUGUCUCUGUGUGUCUCUGUCUGUCUGUCUGUUAAACCUCUCCCUGUCUCUCUCUAGCUGAUCCGUGAGUUGGGGAACAUCAACGUGAAGAAGAAGGAACCUCCAUUCUGCUACCCAUACAGUCUUAAGGCCCGGGUGCUGGUGUUGGCUCACCUGUCACGCAUGGACGUCUCAGAAGACAUCGAAGAGGGUACGACAUCAUGCAGCCAUAGAAUGUAUUAAAAAUCUAAACAUAUAACCCAACGUUUGUAGAACAACUAAAGUUACAUUAAUAACUCUAAAUGUAGCAUAUAGGAGGACCUGUUUCUUUGUUAACCGCUCAACACAGAAUAGCCGCAUGUGCUCACUUCCUCAAAUCGUUUGGAGAAAAUAUCCUUUCUAUUUUAUUCAACUUUGUUCAAUUCUAUUCUUCAUACUAUAAAAUAAUAUCAAAUAAUGCCAUGGAAUUCUAAGCAAGUCUUGUCUGCUAAAUGAACUAGUGUAGCCCACAGCCAUAUGGCAUAGAUCAGGACCUAACAUAAGGACAACUCAGAGUACGCUAUUCUGUUUUUCUAAAAUAUACUACAUAUUCUUCAUAUCAUGCUUCUAUAGACCUGUCUAAAAUAAAUAAUGGAUUUAUUGUGAAGGUGUAGGCUAUAUUACAUGGAUUUAUUAGACUUUAUAAAAUGUAGAUGUUCCAAAGGUCUGCAUCAGUGAUACCACUACUAUUUGGAAUAAUAGUCACAAUAAUAAUAACAAUAAUAUUAAUAAUAAGUAAGUUACUGUUUACUAUGCAGAUGUUAUUAUUCAGUGUCCCUCAGGCUAUGGCAGGCAAAUCCAUAUUUGGCUGCAAGAGGAGCCAUUACUCCUUCGCCCAUUACUGUUUUUUGUGUUUUUCCUCUGGGUUUAAUAAGAUAAGAUUUCAAAUAAAUGUAGUAAUUUCUGUGAAUAAUUCAUCUCUUUGUGAGGAAUAUUUAUCACAGUAAAGGAGAAAGUGCAUCUCUGUUUCUACCUCCCCUGUCGUGCAGUGACCACAUAUACGCUCCUCUUUGGGUAGCCAUGUCUUUUUAUGUCUGCUGGUUUCAUUGCCAAUUGGUGGUUCAAUCAGCCUGUACUUGGUAAGGAUCUGUCUCUGCUUCGGAUCUCUGACAGAGUAGAGAGUUGGUGGUCACUCAGCCUGUACUUGGUAAGGAUCUGUCUCUGCUUCGGAUCUCUGACAGAGUAGAGAGUUGGUGGUCACUCAGCCUGUACUUGGUAAGGAUCUGUUGUAAAUAUGAGUCCUUUGAUUGAUUGCUUCAUGAUUUUGUUUUAUUUUCAUUAUUUAUUUUGAAGCAGUGCUGGUGUCAGCUUGGUUGGUUAGGUCCAACACCAGCUGACUGAGAGGUUCGUUCUGGGCUCAGCUCUUGGGUUUAAAGUGCUUUAAUUUAGGUGAAGCCAAAAUAUCUCUCACUCAAUUCAAUUUCAGUUUAAGACGUGUGUUAACAUUGCCAAAGCAAGUGAAGUAGAUCAUAAACAAAAGUGAAAUAAACAAUAAAUAUUAACAGUAAACAUUACACUCAGAAGUUCCAAAAGAAUAAAGACAUUUCAAAUGUCAUAUUAUGUCUAUAUACAGUGUUGUAACAAUGUGCAAAUAGUUAAAGUACAAAUGGGAAAAUAAAUAAACAUAAAUAUGGGUUGUAUUUACAAUGGUGUUUGUUCUUCACUGGUUGCCCUUUUCUUGUGGCAACAGGUCACAAAUCUUGCUGCUGUGAUGGCACACUGUGGUAUUUCACCCAGUAGAUAUGGGAGUUUAUCAAAAUUGGGUUUGUUUUCGAAUUCUUUGUGGAUCGCUGUAAUCUGAGGGAAAUAUGUGUCUCUAAUAUGGUCAUACAUUUGGCAGGAGGUUAGGAAGUGCAGCUCAGAUUCCACCUCAUUUUGUGGGCAGUGUGCACAUAGCCUGUCUUCUCUUGAGAGCCAGGUCUGCCUACGGCGGCCUUUCUCAAUAAUAUAAUAAUAAUAAUAAUAAUAUGCCAUUUAGCAGACGCUUUUAUCCAAAGCGACUUACAGUCAUGCGUGCAUACAUUUUUGUGUAUGGGUGGUCCCGGGGAUCGAACCCACUACCUUGGCGUUACAAGCGCCGUGCUCUACCAGCUGAGCUACAGAGGACCACAAUAGCAAGGCUAUUCUCACUGAGUCUGUACAUAGUAAAAUAUUUCCUUAGUUUUGGGUCAGUCACAGUGGUCAGGUAUUCUGCCACUGUGUACUCUCUGUUUAGGGCCAAAUAGCAUUCUAGUUUGCGCAGUUUUUUUUGUUAAUUCUUUGUUGAGCCAAGUAAUUAUCUUUUUUUUUUCCUCAUGAUUUGGUUGAGUCUAAUUGUGUUGGUGUCCUGGGUGUCUGUGGGGUCUGUUUGUGUUUGUGAACAGAGCCCCAGAACCAGCUUGCUUAGGGGACUCUUCUCCAGGUUAAUCUCUCUGUAGGUGAUGGCUUUGUUAUGGAAGAUUUGGGAAUCGCUUCCUUUUAGGUGGUUGUAGAAUUUAACGGCUCUUUUCUGGAUUUUCAUCAUUAGCGGGUAUCGGCCUAAUUCUGCUCUGCAUGCAUUAUUUGGUGUUUUACUUUGUACACUGAAUAUAUUUUAGCCUAAUUCUGCAUGCGGAGUCUCAAUUUGGUGUUUGUCCCAUUUUGUGAAUUCUUGGUUUGUGAGUGGACCUCAGACCUCACAACCAUAAAGGGCAAUGGGUUCUAUAACUGAUUGAAGUAUUUUUAGCCAGAUCCUAAUUGGUAUGUCAAAUUUUAUGUUCCUUUUGACGGCAUAGAAGGCCCUUCUUGCCUUGUCUCUCAGAUCGUUCAGAGUUUCCUGUGGCGCUGAUGUUUAGGCCGAGGUAUGUAUCGUUUUUUGUGUGCUCGAAGGCAACGGUGUCUAGAUGGAAUUUGUAUUUGUGGUCCUGGCAACUGGACCUUUUUUGGAACACCAUUAUUUUUGUCUUACUGAGAUUUACUGUCAGGGCCCAGGUCUGACAGAAUCUGUGCAUAAGAUCUAGGUGCUGCUGUAGGCCCUCCUUGGUUGGUGACAGAAGCACCAGAUCAUCAGCAAACGGUAGACAUUUUACUUCAGAUUCUAGUAGGGUGAGGCCAGGUGCUGCAGACUGUUCUAGUGCCCUCGCCAAUUCGUUGAUAUACAGUGGGGGGGGGGAAUUAUUUAGUCAGCCACCAAUUGUGCAAGUUCUCCCACUUAAAAAGAUGAGGCCUGUAAUGUUCAUCAUAGGUACACGUCAACUAUGACAGACAAAUUGAGAUUUUUUUUCUCCAGAAAAUCACAUUGUAGGAUUUUUUAUGAAUUUAUUUGCAAAUUAUGGUGGAAAAUAAGUAUUUGGUCACCUACAAACAAGCAAGAUUUCUGGCUCUCACAGACCUGUAACUUCUUCUUUAAGAAGCUCCUCUGUCCUCCACUCGUUACCUGUAUUAAUGGCACCUGUUUGAACUUGUUAUCAGUAUAAAAGACACCUGUCCACAACCUCCAAACAGUCACACUCCAAACUCCACUAUGGCCAAGACCAAAGAGCUGUCAAAGGACACCAGAAACAAAAUUGUAGACCUGCACCAGGCUGGGAAGACUGAAUCUGCAAUAGGUAAGCAGCUUGGUUUGAAGAAAUCAACUGUGGGAGCAAUUAUUAGGAAAUAGAAGACAUACAAGACCACUGACAAUCUCCCUCGAUGUGGGGCUCCACGCAAGAUCUCACCCCGUGGGGUCAAAAUGAUCACAAGAACGGUGAGCAAAAAUCCCAGAACCGCACAGGGGGACCCUAGUGAAUGACCUGCAGAGAGCUGGGACCAAAGUAACAAAGCCUACCAUCAGUAACACACUACGCCGCCAGGGACUCAAAUCCUGCUGUGCAAGACGUGUCCCCCUGCUUAAGCCAGUACAUGUCCAGGACCGUCUGAAGUUUGCUAGAGUGCAUUUGGAUGAUCCAGAAGAGGAUUGGGAGAAUGUCAUAUGGUCAGAUGAAACCAAAAUAGAACUUUUUGGUAAAAACUCAACUCGUCGUGUUUGGAGGACAAAGAAUGCUGAGUUGCAUCCAAAGAACACCAUACCUACUGUGAAGCAUGGGGGUGGAAACAUCAUGCUUUGGGGCUGUUUUUCUGCAAAGGGACCAGGACGACUGAUCCGGGUAAAGGAAAGAAUGAAUGGGGCCAUGUAUCGUGAGAUUUUGAGUGAAAACCUCCUUCCAUCAGCAAGGGCAUUGAAGAUGAAAUGUGGCUGGGUCUUUCAGCAUGACAAUGAUCCCAAACACACCGCCCGGGCAACGAAGGAGUGGCUUCAUAAGAAGCAUUUCAAGGUCCUGGAGUGGCCUAGCCAGUCUCCAGAUCUCAACCCCAUAGAAAAUCUUUGGAGGGAGUUGAAAGUCUGUGUUGCCCAGCGACAGCCCCAAAACAUCACUGCUCUAGAGGAGAUCUGCAUGGAGGAAUGGGCCAAAAUACCAGCAACAGUGUGAACCUUGUGAAGACUUACAGAAAACAUUUGACCUGUGUCAUUGCCAACAAAGGGUAUAUAACAAAGUAUUGAGAAACUUUUGUUAUUGACCAAAUACUUAUUUUCCACCAUAAUUUGCAAAUAAAUUCAUAAAAAAUCCUAAAAUGUGAUCUUCUGUAAUUUAUUUUCUCAUUUUGUCUGUCAUAGUUGACGUGUACCUAUUAUGAAAAUUACAGGCCUCUCAUCUUUUUAAGUGGGAGAACUUGCACAAUUGGUGGCUGACUAAAUACUUUUUUCCCCCCACUGUAUAUAGGCCCCCCCAGAUUAAGGCUUAAGCUGCGUCCCUGUCUCACCCCACGGCCCUGUGGAAAUAAAUUUGUUUUUUGGGCCAAUUUUAACCGCACUAUUGUUUGUGUACAUGGAUUUUAUAAUGUCGUAUGUUUUUCCCCCAACACCACUUUCCAUCAAUUUGUAUAGCAGACCCUCAUGCCAAAUUGAGUCAAAAGCUUUUUUGAAAUCAACAAAGCAUGAGAAGACUUUUCCUUUGUUUUGGUUUGUUUGUUUGUCAAUUAGGGUGUGCAGGGUGAAUACGUGGUCUGUCGAACGGUAAUUUGGUAAAAAGCUAAUUUGACAUUUGCUCAGUACCUUGUUUUCACAGAGGAAAUCUACGAGUCUGCUAUUAAUGAUAAUGCAGAGGAUUUUCCCAAGGUUGCUGUUGACGCAUAUCCCACUGUAGUUAUUGGGGUCAAAUGUGUCUCCACUUUUGUGGAUUGGGGUGAUCAGUCCUUGGUUCUAAAUAUUGGGGAAGAUGCCAGAGCUGAGGAUGAUGUUAGAGUUUAAGUAUAGCCAAUUGGAAUUUGUGGUCUGUAUCUUUGAUAAUUUUAUUGAGGAUACCAUCAACACCACAGGCAUUUUUGGGUUGGAGGGUUUGUAUUUUGUUCUGUAGUUCAUUCAAUGUAAUUUGGAGAAUCCAGUGGGUUCUGGUAGUCUUUAAUAGUUGAUUCUAAGAUUUGUAUUUGAUCAUGGAUAUGUUUUUGCUGUUUGUUCUUUGUUAUAGGGCCAAAACGAUUGGAGAAGUGGUUUACCCAUACAUCUCCGUUUUGGAUAGAUAACUCUUCGUGUUGUUGUUUGUUUAGUGUUUUCCAAUUUUCCCAAAAGUGGUUAGUCAAUGAGUUCUUCAAUUACAUUGAGCUGAUUUCUGACGUGCUGUUCCUUAUUUUUCCGUAGUGUAUUUCUGUAUUGUUUUAGUGAUUCACCAUAGUGAAGGCGUAGGCUCAGGUUUUCUGGGUCUCUAUGUUUUGGUUGGAUAGGUUUUUCAAUUUCUUUCUUAGGUUUUUGCAUUCUUCAUCAAACCAUUUGUCAUUGUUGUUAAUUUUCUCAGGUUUUCUGUUAGAGAUGUUUAGAUUUGAUAGGGAAGCUGAGAGGUCAAAUAUACUGUUUAGGUUUUCUACUGCCAAGUUUACACCUUCACUAUUACAGUGGAACGUUUUGUCCAGGAAGUUGUCUAAAAGGGAUUGAAUUUGUUGUUGCCUAAUUGUUUUUUGGUAGGUUUCGACACUACUUUCAUUUCAUCUAUAGCAUUUCUUAAUAUUAUUCAGUUCCUUUGGCUUUGAUGCCUCAUGAUUGAGUAUUGCUCUGUUCAAGUAGACUGUGAUUUUGCUGUGGUCUGAUAGGGGUGUCAGUGGGCUGACUGUGAACACUCUGAGAGACUCUGGGUUGAGGUCAGUGAUAAAGUAGUCUACAGUACUACUGCCUAGAGAUGAGCUAUAGGUGUACCUACCAUAGGAGUCCCCUCCAAGCCUGCCAUUGACUAUGUACAGACCCAGCGUGCGACAGAGCUGCAGGAGUUGUGACCUGUUUUUGUUGGUUAUGUUGUCGUAGUUGUGUCUAGGGGGGCAUAUGGGGGAGGGAAUGCUGUCACCUCAGGUAGGUGUUUGUCCCCCUGUGUGCUGAGGGUGUCAGGUUCUUGUCCAGUUCUGGCAUUUAGGUCGCCACAGACUAGUACAUGUCCCUGGGUCUGGAAGUGAUUGAUUUCCCCCUCCAGGAUGGAGAAGCUGUCUUCAUUAAAGUAUGGGGAUUCUAGUGGGGGGAUGUAGGUAGCACACAGGAGGAUGUUUUUCUCUGUUGAGAUAAUCUAUUUUUGAAUUUCUAGCCAAAUAUAAAAUGUUCAUGUUUUGAUUAAUUUAAUAGAAUGAACUCUACAACAAAUUAGCAUACCCCCUGAGUCCCUUCCCUGUUUCACACCUGGGAAAUUGGUGGAUGGGACUACCAGCUCUCUGUAACCUAGAGGGCAACCAGUGGGUCCGUCUCUCUCUCGCUCUGUGCCUCGCUCUGUGCCUCGCUCUGUGUCUCUCUCUCUGUGCCUCGCUCUGUGUCUCGCUCUCUCUCGCUCUGUCUCUCGCUCUGUCUCUCGCUCUGUGUCUCUCGCUCUGUGUCUCUCGCUCUGUGUCUCUCGCUCUGUGGCUCUCUCGCUCUGUGGCUCUCGCGCUCUGUGGCUCUCGCGCUCUCUCUCUCGCUCUGUGGCUCUCGCGCUCUCUCUCUCGCUCUGUGGCUCUCGCGCUCUCUCUCUCGCUCUGUGGCUCUCGCGCUCUCUCUCUCGCUCUGUGGCUCUCGCGCUCUCUCUCUCGCUCUGUGGCUCUCGCGCUCUGUGGCUCUCUCGCUCUGUGGCUCUCUCGCUCUGUGGCUCUCUCGCUCUGUGGCUCUCUCGCUCUGUGGCUCUGUGGCUCUCGCGCUCUGUGGCUCUGUGGCUCUCGCGCUCUCUCGCUCUGUGGCUCUCGCGCUCUCUCGCUCUGUGGCUCUCUCGCUCUGUGGCUCUCGCGCUCUCUCGCUCUGUGGCUCACUCUCUCUCUGUGUGUGUUGCAGACCAGAGGUUUGUGGUGAGGAAGAGUCCAGCUCUGCUCCAGGAGAUGGUCAACGUGGGAUGUCAACUCACCAUGAUGGCCAACAGCAGAGGAGGUACACACACACACACACACACACACACACACACACUUUACCUAGCUGACACACACAGGCAGGCAACAAAUGCAUACUCCCCUGUGUGUGUGUGCAGGGUUCCAUGCCCCCAGGCUGGUGUCCAUAGAGAACUGUAUGAAGCUGACUCAGAUGAUAGUCCAGGGUCUCCAGGAGUCCAAGUCUCCUCUGCUGCAGCUGCCACACUUUGAAGAGGAACACCUCCGAUACUGCAUCUCCAAGAAGGUACCAACCGCCCAGCCACGUGGUUCUGUAUUCAAGGGCUCUUUCUCAAUUCAUCUUUCCUCCAUUCCUCGUCAAAACCCAUUGGAGGAGAACAUCUGAGGGGAGGGACCUUGGAUCUUGUCCUCCAAUACAGUUGAGAAGGAUGCAAUGAGAUAGGAUGUGAGGAGAUAGGAUGCGAGGAAUUGCAAUAAGACCAAUUGAGAUGGAGCCAUAGCAUAUUAACACUCCCCCCCCCCCCCCCCCCCCCCCCUCCUUCCCUCCUCUCCCCCCCCCCCCCUAUACCCUCCCCCCUCCUCCCUCCAGUAUAAGAUGUGUAACUAUGGUAACUGGUAUACAGUGUGUUAUGGUAUGGUAACUAUAGUAACCUCUCCCCAGUAUAAGGUGCGUAGCCUGCAGGACCUGGUCAGCCUGAAGGACUCGGACCGUCGGAGCAUGCUCCGUUUCCUUGGCGAGGAGAAGUACGACGAGGUUAUGGCCGUGCUCGCCAGCUUCCCCCACAUCACCAUGGAAACCAAGCUGCAGGGUGAGGUCUCCUGCUCUGGAGUUUGUGUUCAUAGUCACUCAAUUUUAGGUCCUGCAGGCUGUCCCAACACAUACUGACAUGAAACCAUAUCUAACGGCGUAACAGGUCCUUAGAUGACACUAAACAAAUGUGUUUGAAGAGAAUAAGUUCUUAAUUUGUUUGGUAAGGUUAGUUUUUCUCUACGUUGUUGUUACUCCAGCCUCAGCUCUGACCUGCUGUCUUCUGUUCUCUCUCCAGUCCUGGACGAUGAAGACAGCAAUAACAUCACAGCUGGAUCCAUCGUCACGGUUACGGUCACCCUGACCAGGAAGAGGAUGGCGGUAAGGGAGGGGGAGAAUUUCACUAGGUCCGGGUUGAGCGACUAAAGGACACAUUGAAUAACACAUUCAUAAAUGGUUUUUAAAAAAAAUACAGUCUAAAAAUAUAUCAUAAGGAAGAAGGUUUUGAAGUGUCUGUCUUAUAUCUAAGAAAUCUCAGGAAAUAUUUUAGUUUUUUUGGACACAUAUUUCACCCCUUAUUUAUGUUGGCACAGAACUACCUGCAUACUUCCAUUCGUUUGUAUGGGUUACCUUCAGACGAGUCUGGUGACAAAACGGAGGACACCACAGUGUUCCUGAGUCUGCCCAUUCCACAGAGGGGCCGUAAUAGUUGUGUAGGACAAACCGUUUGUUGUUUCCUUAAGGCAUGGUUCUCCACAAGUUGAAAUCAAAGUUCAAGCAGGUUCUCGGGUUCACAUUCAUAUUUCAGUUCCGUAAAUCAUUUCCACAAUUUGUUAUAGGAUUAGCCUUACAAACUAUGCUAUUUUAAAUCCACAUAACAAACCAAUCCAAAAGGGGUACAGGAAGCGACACAGUCCAGCAGGCAGGCCUUUUGAUUUGAUCAUAGUAGCUCCAUUUUAGCCAUGUGCUCUCACCGAACGAAGACGUCGUGCUCUCACCAAACGAAGACGUCGUGCUCUCACCAAACGAAGACGUCGUGUCUCCAGACUGCAUCAUUUCCUGUGGGGCGGCUGCCAAGAAACAGAAAAACGGGCGUUUAAAUACAUGCAGCUCAAGUCACAAUACCAGGCAAUUAACCAAUAGAAAUGCUUGUUAGUUUAACCCCUAGAGUCAAUUUUACGCGGCCCCACUGAAAUCGAAUUAGGAUAAUACAAAAAUCCCCGUUUAAAAUCCAUCCGUUUAAAGGUAGAGAUCUUUUUAUUUUUUUGCAUUGGUGGAUGCAUCUCAAUCCACCGCAUCGGCUGAUGUAACACUUCCUCAUCUGGGGUGAAAGGUGACAGAGCUAGAGCGAUGUUUGUCAGACCAUGAGACGUCCCGAAAAAUCGGUCUUCUCACUAAAUAAGUCUGUAGCAUUCGAACGGUUUCUAUCUAUGUAAAGAAGAGACUCUCACAAACACGUACGUGUCAGUUGUUUUGCCAACAGGCCUCACAAGACCCGUCUGUAGGUUCCCCGGUACCAGUUGGAAACAGUAAUGGAAGUGUAUAUAGAGACUGUUUAGUGGCAAAAUAAGUGGUUAAAUACAUGUAAAAAAUAUAUCUAAAUGUAAUAGUAAUCCUGAUGGGCUAACAGCAGGAAGGCCAACUUUUAAAUGAACAAAUAUUAUUACUUUUUUUAUACUUCAAUGGGUCUUAAAAUUCCAAAUCAAAUAGCUAAAUGAUCCUUGGACCUUCUAAAAACAAAUCUAUAUUGCUUCGUAGAAUUCCAUGUGUGACUUUAGCUACUGUGGGGGGUGUGUGUGUGUGUGUGUGUGUAGGAGGUGUUUGAGAAGGAGCAGAAUGCGACACCUUGUCUCGGAGUCGGAGAGGAAGCCAGUACAGAGGAUGCUGCCGCGGUACGAAACGUCUGAACACACACAAUCUGACAACAUUUACAUUGUAGUCAUUUAGCAGACGCUCUUAUCCAGAGCCACUUACAGUUAGUGCAUACAUUUUUUUUUUUUUUCAUACUGGCCCUUCAUGACAAUAUACACACACACACAAUCUGACAAUACACACACACACACACAAUCUGACUACACACACACACACACACACACAUUUGACAACGCACACGCAAAGACUGAGAACCCAACUUGUGGAUGCCCUGUAUGUGUCGGUGCAGCAGGGAGACGCCAGUAAAACCAAAGCCAAGGUGUGGCAGAGCAAAACCAAAGCAGCCAAGAAAACCAAGCAGUCAAAGAAGAAGAAACUCACCAAGAAGAAGCCCCUCCCACUGCCAGCAGUCAAGGCCAAACAGGCCAAUGGGAGCGCGUCAGGAAGUGUAAGCAGCCAAUCAGAGUCGAUCCAAUCGGAUUGUUUUAAUUAAUAACUGUAAUCAGAAGGAUGUUUCGACCACAAGUUGUCUUACUUCUUUCACUCAUGCUAAAACAGAAGGUUGAGCCAUGUAUUAUGCGAGUAACGGACCUGGAUUCAAACACUAUUUAGGGUAUUUCAAUUACUUUCAAAAACAUUUCAAAGUAGUUGAGUAUUGGAAUAUAUUUAUAUGUAUUUAAAAAUACUCAAAUACAGUGUAUUUUCAAACACAGGUAUUUAAAUACUCAUUAUGCAUUUGAACCCAGGUCUGUUUGGUCGUAGGGGUAUUUCAAAAUGUAAAAUACUUUCAAACACUUCAAAUAGAAGUAGUUGAUUCGGCCACAUUAUUUGAAAAUACCCAAAUACACAGGAAAGUAUUAACAAAUACUUAAAAAUGCAUGUAUUUGAUCCCAGGUCUGGUAUAUAAACUAACCCAUCUGUUUUGAUUCAACUUUAUUGAUCCCUGUUUGUGUUUAGGAGGUGGUUGCCGUGGCGAAGGAGGAUGAGGAGGACGGGUCAGACAAGGGCAGCGAAUCAGAGGAGGGCGAGGGGAACAAAGAUUCUCCGAGCGAGAGAGAUGAGGAGAGCGACAAACAGAGCGACACGGAGCAGGAUGAGAUCGCCGGGGACGACGAGGAGGUCAGACACCUGUGGUUACGUCCCAAAUAAUCUCUCCUUUCUCCCCAAGUCUGAAGUCUGAAGUCAUGGUUUUGAAAGGGAUUGGUAUAUGGAAACUCCCUGUAGCACGUGGAUGGGUAACUCCAAUCCUGGGGGCUGAUAGGUGUCUCACCUUUGCCCCUGUCCCAGCUAACACACCUGACUCCAAUAGUCAACUAAUCAUGAUCUAGAAUGCAAUUAGUUUAAAUCAGCUGUGUUGCUAGGGAUGGGGGGAAAAGUGUGACACCACUCCGGCCCCCGAGGACUGGAGUCCCAGCUUUUACCAAUCCAUGGUUUUAGAUUUGUGUAGAAUAGAGAACGUGUUUAGGAGAAUGGACCUGUGUGUGUAGCCCAGGGCUCUCCAACCGUUCCUGGGGACGGGGUUGGAGUUCAAACCUACAGGAGGGUAGCUCUCCAGGAACGGGGUUGGAGUUAAAACCUACAGGAGGGUAGCUCUCCAGGAGCAGGGUUGGAGUUAAAACCUACAGGAGGGUAGCUCUCCAGGAACAGGGUUGGAGUUAAAACCUACAGGAGGGUAGCUCUCCAGGAACAGGGUUGGAGUUAAAACCUACAGGAGGGUAGCUCUCCAGGAACAGGGUUGGAGUUAAAACCUACAGGAGGGUAGCUCUCCAGGAACAGGGUUGGAGUUAAAACCUACAGGAGGGUAGCUCUCCAGGAACGGGGUUGGAGUUAACCUACAGGAGGGUAGCUCUCCAGGAACAGGGUUGAAGUUAAAUUCUACAGGAGGGUAGCUCUCCAGGAACGGGGUUGGAGUUCAAACCUACAGGAGGGUAGCUCUCCAGGAACAGGGUUGAAGUUAAAUUCUACAGGAGGGUAGCUCUCCAGGAACAGGUUUGAAGUUAAAUUCUACAGGAGGGUAGCUCUCCAGGAACAGGUUUGAAGUUAAAUUCUACAGGAGGGUAGCUCUCCAGGAACAGGGUUGAAGUUAAAUUCUACAGGAGGGUAGCUCUCCAGGAACAGGGUUGAAGUUAAAUUCUACAGGAGGGUAGCUCUCCAGGGACAGGGUUGAAGUUAAAUUCUACAGGAGGGUAGCUCUCCAGGAACAGGGUUGGAGUUAAAACCUACAGGAGGGUAGCUCUCCAGGAACAGGGUUGAAGAGCCCUGGUAUAGAUUAGGUAUAACCCCCCCCCCCCCCCCCCUCUAGGAGUGGGAGGCGCUGCAGCAGAGUAUCCAGCGGAGGGAGAGGGCCCUGGUAUAGAUAAUGUAUAACCCCCCCCCCCCCCCCUCCCCCCUCCAGGAGUGGGAGGCCCUGCAGCAGAGUAUCCAGCGGAGGGAGAGGGCCCUGGUAUAGAUAAUGUAUAACCCCCCUCCCCCCCCUCUCUAGGAGUGGGAGGCGCUGCAGCAGAGUAUCCAGCGGAGGGAGAGGGCCCUGUUGGAGACCAAGUCCAAGGUCACCCACCCAGUGUACAGCCUGUACUACCCAGAGGAGAAACAUGAGUGGUGGUGGCUUUACAUUGCUGACCGCAAGGACCAGACUCUAGUCUCCAUGCCAUACCACGUCUGCACACUCAAAGACACAGAAGAGGUGAGAUUGUGUGUGUUCGUUCUAAGUGCUGGGGCAGUGAGUGAGGUAGGUAUGUGUGUGUGUGUCUGUCAAAAGUAGUAGUAUGAAUCAUUUGGGUGGUGCUUACAUUUGUAGUAGUAGUGGUAGUAGUAGCAAUAGUAGUAGUAGUAGUAGUAGUAGUAGUAGUAGUAGUAGUAGUAGUAGUAGUAGUAGUAGUAUUAAUCAUUUGGGUGGUGCUUACAUUUGUUGUAGUAGUAGCAGUAGUAGUAGUAGUGGUGGUGGUAGUAGUAGUAGUAGCAGCAAUAGUAGUAGCGGUAGUGGUAUUAAUCAUUUUGGUGGUGCUUAAAUGUGUCUAUUCCCUCAGUGGGGCCGGGGUCAGCUGAGACUCCCUCAGAGAGUGGGGCCGGGGUCAGCUGAGACUCCCUCAGAGAGUGGGGCCGGGGUCAGCUGAGACGCUCCCUCAGAGAGUGGGGCCGGGGUCAGCUGAGACUCCCUCAGAGAGUGGGGCCGGGGUCAGCUGAGACGCUCCCUCAGAGAGUGGGGCCGGGGUCAGCUGAGACUCCCUCAGAGAGUGGGGCCGGGGUCAGCUGAGACUCCCUCAGAGAGUGGGGCCGGGGUCAGCUGAGACUCCCUCAGAGAGUGGGGCCGGGGUCAGCUGAGACGCUCCCUCAGAGAGUGGGGCCGGGGUCAGCUGAGACUCCCUCAGAGAGUGGGGCCGGGGUCAGCUGAGACUCCCUCAGAGAGUGGGGCCGGGGUCAGCUGAGACUCCCUCAGAGAGUGGGGCCGGGGUCAGCUGAGACUCCCUCAGAGAGUGGGGCCGGGGUCAGCUGAGACUCCCUCAGAGAGUGGGGCCGGGGUCAGCUGAGACUCCCUCUCAGAGAGUGGGGCCGGGGUCAGCUGAGACUCCCUCAGAGAGUGGGGCCGGGGUCAGCUGAGACGCUCCCUCAGAGAGUGGGGCCAGGGUCAGCUGAGACUCCCUCAGAGAGUGGGGCCGGGGUCAGCUGAGACUCCCUCAGAGAGUGGGGCCGGGGUCAGCUGAGACUCCCUCUCAGAGAGUGGGGCCGGGGUCAGCUGAGACUCCCUCAGAGAGUGGGGCCGGGGUCAGCUGAGACUCCCUCAGAGAGUGGGGCCGGGGUCAGCUGAGACGCUCCCUCAGAGAGUGGGGCCGGGGUCAGCUGAGACGCUCCCUCAGAGAGUGGGGCCGGGGUCAGCUGAGACUCCCUCAGAGAGUGGGGCAGGGGUAAGCUGAGACUCCCUCAGAGAGUGGGGCCGGGGUCAGCUGAGACUCCCUCAGAGAGUGGGGCCGGGGUCAGCUGAGACUCCCUCAGAGAGUGGGGCCGGGGUCAGCAGAGACUCCCUCAGAGAGUGGGGCCGGGGUCAGCUGAGACGCUCCCUCAGAGAGUGGGGCCGGGGUCAGCUGAGACGCCCCUUGCUCAAGAGCACAAAGACACACAUUUUUCACUUUGUUGGGUCCGGGAUUCCAACCAGCGACCUUUCGGGGUACUGGCCCAACGCGCUAAAUUUGGGAAAUGGGAUACCUAGUCAGUUGUACAACUGAAUGCAUUCAACUGAAAUGCGUCUUCCACAUUUAACCCAACCCCUCUGAAUCAGAGAGGUGCGGGGGGGCUGCCUUAAUCGAUGUCCACGUCAUCGGCGCCCGGGAGCAGUUGUUGUUGGGGGUUAACUGCCUUGCUCAAGGGUAGAAGGGCAUAUUUUUCCACCUUGCUGGCUCGGGGAUUCGAACCAGCAACCUUUCGGUUACUGACCCCAACCGCUAGGCUACCUGCCGCUGCUAGCAAUGUGGAAACAGUUAUUGUCAUGUUGUGUAGUUGGUUGUAACAGCAGUGUGGUGUUGGUUCAUCCCAGAGGGAGCUGAAGGGGACUACCAGACUACCCGUUUUAUAUCUGUAUUAAACACACUGACUAUACAAAACAUUAACAACACCUGCUCUUUCCAUGACAGACUGACCAGGUGAAUCCAGGUAAAAGCUAUGAUACCUUAUUGAUGUCACCUGUUAAAUCCACUUCAAUCAGUGUAGAUGAAGGGGAGGAGACAGGUUAAAGAAGGAUUUUUAAGCCUUGAGACAAUUGAGACAUGGAUUAUGUAUGUGUGCCAUUCAGAGGGUGAAUGGGCAAGACAAAAUAUUUAAGUGCCUUUGAACGGGGUAUGGUAGUAGGUGCCAGGCGCACCGGUUUGUGUCAAGAACUGCAACGCUGCUGGGUUUUUCACGCUCAACAGUUUCCCGUGUGUACCACCAUCCAAAGGACAUCCAGACAACUUGACACAACUGUGGGAAGCGUUGGAGUCAACAUGGGCCAGCAUCCCUGUGGAACGCUUUCCACACCUUGUAGGGUCCAUGCCCCGACGAAUUGAGGCUGUUCUGAGGACAAAAGGAAGGGGGGGGGGGGUGCAACUCAACAUUAGGAAGGUGUUCUUAAUGUUUGGUGUACUCAGUGUACGCUCUCUCUCACUCUCACAGGUGGAGCUGAAGUUCCCGGCUCCCUCUAAAACAGGGAACUACCAGUACUCUGUUAUCCUGCGCUCCGACUCUUACCUGGGCCUGGACCAGAUCAGACCACUCAAGGUGAGACGUUACAACUCACCUGUGUGUGUGUGUAUAUAUACAGUGCCUUUGGAAAGUAUUCAGACCCCUUGACUUUUUCCACAUUUUGUUACGUUACAGCCUUAUUCUAAAAUGUAUUUAAAAUCCUUAUCAAUCUACACACAAUACCCUAUAAUGACAAAGCGAAAACAGGUUUUUAGAAAUGUUUGCAAAUGUAUUAAAAAUACCUUUUUUACAUAAGUAUUCAAACCCUUUGCUAUGAGACUCGAAAUUGAGCUCAGGUGCAUCCUGUUUCCAUUGAUCAUCCUUGAGAUGUUUCUACAACUUGAUUGAAGUCCACCUGUGGUAAAUUCAAUUGAUUGGACAUGAUUUGGAAAGGCACACACCUGUCUAUAUAAGGUCCCACAGUUGACAGUGCAUGUCAGAGCAAAAACCAAGCCAUGAAGUCGAAGGAAUUGUCCAUAGAGCUCCAAGACAGGAUUGUGUCAAGGCACAGAUCUGGGGAAGGGUACCAAAAAAGUGUGUGCAGCAUUGAAGGUCCCCAAGAACACAGUGGCCUCCAUCAUUCUUAAAUGGAAGAAGUUUGGAACCACCAAGACUCUUCCUAGAGCUGGCCGCCCGGCCAAACUGAGCAAUCGGGGGAGAAGGGCCUUGGUCAGGGAGGUGACCACGAACCUGAUGGUCACUCUGACAGAGCUCCAGAGUUCUUCUGUGGAGAUGGGAGAACCUUCCAGAAGGACAACCAUCUCUGCAGCACUCCACCAAUCAGGCCUUUAUGGUAGAUUGGCCAGACGGAAGCCACUCCUCAGUAAAAGGCACAUGACAGCCCGCAUGGAGUUUGCCAAAAGGCACCUAAAGGACUCUCAGACCAUGAGAAACAAGAUUCUCUGGUCUGAUGAAACCAAGAUUGAACGCUUUGGCCUGAAUGCCAACCAUCACGUCUGGAGGAAACCUGGUACCAUCCCUACUGUGAAGCAUGGUGGUGGCAGCAUCAUGCUGUGGGGAUGUUUUUCAGCGCCAGGGACUGGGAGACUAGUCAGGAUCGAGGGAAAGAUGAACGGAGCAAAGUACAGAGAGAUCCUUGAUGAAAACCUACUCCAGAGCGCUCAGGAUCUCAGACUGGGGUGAAGGUUCACCUUCCAACAGGACAACGACCCUAAAUACACAGCCAAGACAACGCAGGAGUGGCUUCGGGACAAAUCUCUGAAUAUCCUUGAGUGGCCCAGCCAGAGCCCGGACUUGAACCCGAUUGAACAUCUCUGGAGAGACCUGAAAAUAGCUGUGCAGCGACGCUCCCCAUCCAACCUGACAGAGCUUGAGAGGAUCUGCAGAGAAGAAUGGGAGAAACUCCCCAAAUGCAGGUGUGCCAAGCUUGUAGGGUCAUACCCAAGAAGACUGGAGGCUGUAAUCGCUGCCAAAGGUGCUUCAGCAAAGUACUGAGUAAAGGGUCUGAAUACUUAUGUAAAUGUCAUAUUUCCUUUUUAUAUUCUUUAUUUGUCUUGGGUCAUUAUGGGGUCUUGGGUCAUUAUGGGGUCUUGGGUCAUUAUGGGGUCUUGGGUCGUUAUGGGGUCUUGGGUCAUUAUGGGGUAUUGUGUGUGUAGAUUGAUGAGGGGAAAAAACAAUGUGAUCAAUUUUAGAAUAAGGCUGUAACGUAACAAAAUGUGGAAAAAGUCAAGGGGUCUGAAUCAAUUCCGAAGGCACUGUAUUAUAAUCACGUGUUUUAUUAAUAACUAACAGCGUUGACCUGCUACAGUAGCUAUGCUGGUAUUGUACUUCAAACUGUGUGGAGACAGGAUUCAAAUCAGCAGCUAAUUUCCUUCUGCAGUCUCCGACUGUGUAUUGUAACGUAACUGUGUAUUGUAACGUAACGGUGUAUUGUCUUGUAACUGUGUAUUGUAACGUAACGGUGUAUUGUAACGUAACGGUGUAUUGUAACGUAACUGUGUAUUGUCUUGUAACUGUGUAUUGUCUUGUAACUGUGUAUUGUAACGUAACGGUGUAUUGUAACGUAACGGUGUAUUGUCUUGUAACUGUGUAUUGUAACGUAACGGUGUAUUGUAACGUAACGGUGUAUUGUCUUGUAACUGUGUAUUGUAACGUAACGGUGUAUUGUAACGUAACGGUGUAUUGUAACGUAACUGUGUAUUGUCUUGUAACUGUGUAUUGUCUUGUAACGGUGUAUUGUAACGUAACUGUGUAUUGUAACGUAACUGUGUAUUGUAAAGUAACUGUGUAUUGUCUUGUAACUGUGUAUUGUCUUGUAACUGUGUAUUGUAACGUAACGGUGUAACGUAACGGUGUAUUGUCUUGUAACGGUGUAUUGUAACGUAACGGUGUAUUGUCUUGUAACGGUGUAUUGUAACGUAACGGUGUAUUGUAACGUAACGGUGUAUUGUAACUGUGUAUUGUAACGUAACGGUGUAUUGUCUUGUAACUGUGUAUUGUCUUGUAACUGUGUGACAGCUGGAGGUACACGAGGCCAAGGCGGUGUUGGAUAACCACCCCCAGUGGGACAUCCCAGAGACGGAGGAGGAGGACGAGGAACAGGAGGACAGUGACGGGAUCGAGGAGAGUGAAGAAGAGGAUGAAGACAAUGAUUAGACACCCCAGGACCUUAUGCCCCGCCCCCUCUCUCACACACACACACACAUCCUUUUCUACAGAGACCUAGACUUGGUCAUGUCCUGACUCGAAUGAUCACGAUCAGAAGACAACUAUGAAUAUAUAUCCAGCCCCGUGUGUGUCUCAAUAAGAGAGAGUGUGUCUGUGUGUGUGUGUGUGUGUCUGAAUAAGAGAGAGUGUCUGUCUGUCUGUGUGUGUGUGUGUGUCUGAAUAAGAGAGAGUGUGUCUGUCUGUCUGUCUGUGUGUGUGUGUGUGUGUG